UCCUACACUAGCAUAUCAUCUUCAGGCAUCAAUAUCUUUCAAUUCCACACCCCCUCCUAAAAGGAAAACUAAAAUGGCGGUCAGCGAGAGGCAACCGCAGUUGGAGAAGAAAGCGCGGGGAAAGCCACUGCCAGGAAGGGCAGUUCUUUCACUAUGCGUUGCGGGUUUCUUCAUAGCUUUACUCUUCAGCAAUCGAACGGGGCUCGCGAUCAUGAGCAAAGGCAAAAAUUCUCACGCGAAGGUGUCGAUUCUGGCUCACGAUCACGAGCAUAAGCGCAGGCUAGGUGAGGAUAACCAAAGAGAUGUAAUGGAUGAAGUGACAAAGACUCAUCAAGCAAUCCAGUCAUUGGAUAAGUCUAUCUCUUCCUUAGAGAUGGAACUAGCCGUCGCUCGAACUAGCAAGUAUACCGGUCCCGGUUCUCCGUCCAUGGGGUCUACGAAGGGCUUGCAGAAUGCUUUCGUCGUGAUCGGUAUCAACACAGGGUUCAGCAGUAAGAAGAGGCGCGAUUCGCUUCGAGAAACUUGGGUUCCUAGAGGUGCAAAGCUAAAAAGAUUGGAGAAGGAGAAAGGAAUCGUCAUACGGUUCGUGAUCGGGCACAGCGGGAUUCCAGGAGGAGCUCUCGACCGCGCGAUCGACGCAGAGGACGCAGAAACAAAGGACUUCUUUAGGCUGGAUCACGUGGAAGGAUACAACGAGCUCUCGUCGAAGACGAGAAUAUACUUUUCCACCGCGGUGUCGGUAUGGAACGCCGACUUCUAUGUCAAGGUCGACGACGAUGUGCAUGUCAAUCUCGGUAUGCUAGCAAGUAAAUUGGCCAAGUACAAAGCAAAACAAAGAGUAUAUAUGGGUUGUAUGAAAUCAGGGCCAGUUCUUUUCCAAAAAGGAGUAAAAUACCAUGAACCUGAGUUUUGGAAAUUUGGAGAGGAAGGGAAUAAGUACUUCAGGCAUGCCACAGGACAAAUUUAUGCUAUUUCUAAGGACCUUGCUGCAUAUAUCUCCAUAAAUGCGCCGAUUCUGCAUCGGUACGCCAACGAAGACGUAUCUCUCGGUUCGUGGUUUAUCGGCUUAGAAGUCGAGCACGUCGACGACAGGAGCAUGUGCUGUGGAACACCUCCAGAUUGCGAGUGGAAGACGCAAGCAGGAAACGUGUGCGUGGCGUCGUUCGACUGGUCGUGCAGCGGGAUCUGCAAGUCAGUAGAGAGGAUGAAGGAUGUGCACAACUCUUGCGGCGAAGCAGGUGGAGCAGUCUGGAACCUGGUUCUUUAGAAACGCGGAAUUUAUGUUUUCCUUCACAUCAUUCAUUAUGUUCUAGAAAUCGAAUGAUUUUAUAUGUAAACUUUUGAGGUGUAGAAUGCGAGAUGCAGCUAAUCGCAAUAAACGAUACAAUAUUUAUGUUCUU